CACAAACCAAUCACACGGGUGGUGACCCUGGCGGUGCCGUUUCUAGGCACUGGCGCGGUGUGUGCAUGUACACAAUGUGGUCGAUCGAUGCAGGAUCUGCGCUCCACACAAUGCAUGUGACGCAUGCUGGAGCGUGAAUGAAUAUGACUGAUCGUUGACGAUGGACUUCGCAGAUCUCCGUCGCCAUUUUUGAAGUUGCCCGGCACUUUUUUAAGCGAAGCAGAUGACCAACCUUCAUGUUCCGAGUUCGGUGACGGUCCUCACUUACUGUGCAUUGAAUGUUAUUCUGCAUUUCACCGUUCACUAACACAAUCAGCGUUGGACUGCAGGGUUGGUGACAAAUGCUGGCCGCCUGACCAGUGUGUUAAGCUGUUUGCCUCUCAUGUACCACUCAGUGCAUCGUGUGAUUUGUAUUCCUCCAUGGUGUGAACUCGAUGUAACUGCCUGUUGAGAACUGCGUGUGUGAAGGCUCGAAGUAGACAAUUCUAGACAAUAAAGUUGAGGGUCCUAAAUUUGAUUACCCGAUACUAAGACACGGUGCUCACUUAGGCUGGACCUACAGUCAUGUACUGUUAUUUCUGAGACAUUGAAAGUGAUUUCUUGCCUUUGCUCGUUGAGUAUUUUUUCAGCAGGGUGGUUUCUGACCUCUGGGCUUCAGUGACGAUGUUCAUAACAGUACGUUUCGGAGAAAAGGAAGAGGCCUUGUUUAAUCCUAACUGCCGAACCUUGUUGCUCCUUGAGAACAUCAAGCAGCGAUGCAACUGUGCAGAGGAUGUGGACGUCGAUCUUUCAGACAACGAAGGCAAUGUUAAACAUCUCCUGGAAACGCCUCUGCGGUAUGCAAAUGAAGUGCUCAAGGAGCGGGAAACCUUGGUCCUCGUUCGGGUUGAGAAGAACGAGGGCACACAAAAACCACACUACGUGCCCCUGCUGAAUGACGUACAAGCCAUUGACGCUGCUUUCAUGGCCCGGUUAUCGACAAAGGAAAACUCAAGUUCCGGUAGCGCCAAGGGCUCCCGGCGGAAAAACGCCAAGAAAGACGGCACCAGCAAAAGCUCCUCACGCGCUGGAGCAAAGUCGACCACGCCCACAGGACGGAAGGGCUCCAAACGCUAAACGAAAUAAACCGUUAUUUUGCGAGGUGUAUAUCACAGUGCGUCAUUUAUCCUCAAUAUUUUGUAUUAUUCGACUUUUUACAUUCUUUAAUAAUGAAUUUGCAUUUUCUUUUUUUUCAGUUAAAAAUGGUA